UGAAAUAGGAGCUCGGCUCGAAGGAGAUGGAUCGGUACCUGCUCCUUGUGAUCUGGGGGGAAGCAAAAGUCCCGUCAGCAGCGGGUGGGGAAGUGGAUCAUGGGCCUGCGAAGUCGUCCGUUGAGGGUACCGAGAAACAGCCGGAUUUAACAGCAGCAAAUGUUUAUCACUUCCUGAAAAGAAGCAUUAGUGCUUCAAUGAAUCCAGAAGAUAGUACUUUUCCUGCAUGUUCGGUAGGCGGCAUACCUUCUCCCAAGAAGUGGUUCUUUGCAGUGCAGGCAAUAUGUGGAUUUUAUCAGUUUUGCAGUUCUCACUGGGAAGAGAUACAUUUUGGUACAGAAAAAGAUGAAAUUGAAGAUGUUCUUCAAACAAAUAUUGAAGAAUGUUUGAGCGCUGAGUGUUUUGAGGAAGAAGAUAGUAAUAGCAGAGAAUCAUUAUCCUUGGCUGACCUGUAUGAAGAAUCUGCAGAAAAUUUGCAUCAAUUGUCUGACAAACUUCCUGCUCCUGGUAGAGCAAUGAUAGAUGUAAUACUGUUGCCUUCUGACAAAGAUCCUCCCAAGUUGAAAGACUGUUUACCUACUAUAGGAGCAUUAAAACAUUUAAAGGAAUGGUAUUCAGCAAAAAUAACUAUAGCAGGAAAUAAUUGUGUAAUAAAUUAUCAGAAAAUUGCAGAAUACCUUUCUGCUAAUGUCAUAUCUUUAGAAGAUCUCAAAAAUGCUAUUGACUCAAAGGAAUUAUGGAGGGGAAAGAUUCAGAUAUGGGAAAGAAAGUUUGGAUCUGAAAUUAUUUUUCCUGAAUUUUGUUUAAAGGGAGUCACUCCUACGAAUUUUAGUACAUCUACUUUAAAUCCUUACAUUCUUGCCAAAAAGACAUUACCAUCGAAGGAUAAGAAUAUUUUACCAAAGGUUUUCCAUUAUUAUGGCUCUGCUUUAGAAUUUGUGCAGAUAAUAAAAUUAUCAGAUCUGCCCUCCUGCUAUAUGUCGGACAUUGAAUUUGAAUUAGGGUUGACACAAAACAAUACCAAACAAAAUUCCAUGUUGCUAUGGGAGCAGAUUUCUUCUCUGCGUGGCAAGGUUGGUGCUCUUUUUGUAUUGCCAUGUACUAUUAGUAACAUACUUAUUCCACCUCCCAGCCAACUCAGUUCAAGAAAAUGGAGAGAAUAUAUAGCUAAAAAGCCUAAGACAAUCAGUGUUCCAGAUGUUGAAGUGAAAGGUGAGUGCUCCAGCUAUUAUCUCCUGUUACAAGGUGCUGGCAAGAGAAAAUGUAAAGCCACCUUGAUUCACUCGGCCAACCAGAUCAAUGGCUCAUUUGCACUCCGUUUCAUUCAUGGAAAGAUGAAAGCAAAGACAGAAGAAGCCAAACUGAGCUUUCCUUUUGACUUCUUGUCACUUCCACAUUUUUCUGGGGAGCAACUUAUACAGAGAGAGAAACAGUUAGCUAAUGUCCAGGCUUUGGCUUUGAAAGAAUGUCUGAAAAGGAGAAAGUUGGCAAAGCAGCCUGAAGUAGUUUCUGUUGAUGAACUCAAAAAUCUGUUAGUACUCACAAGGGAACACUUUGUAGAUCAUUUUGAUGCUUUUCUUCCUAAAACAAUUUCAAUAAAGACAGACAAAAUUAAAACCUCCGAUAUGUCAAAUGACAUCAGUUCAGUGGAACCUGGUUCUUCAAGUCUAAUGGAAACCAAUCCCCUGGAAUGGCCAGAAAGGCAUGUUCUUCAAAAUUUGGAAAGUUUUGAAAAAGCUAAACAAAAAAUGAGAACUGGUUCAUUACCUCGUUCAUCUGAACAGUUGCUGGGCCACAAAGAGGGUCCACGGGAUUCAGUCACCUUAUUGGAUGCUAAGGAAUUGCUGAAAUUCUUUACUUCAGAUGGAUUACCAGUUGGAGAUCUUCAACCUUUACAGAUUCAAAAGGGGGAAAAGACUUUUGUUCUGACACCGGAACUUAGUCCUCGGAAACUUCAGGGUUUACCUUUUGAAAAAGCCUCAGUAUGUCAUUAUCAUGGAAUUGAAUAUUGUUUGGAUGACCGAAAAGCACUAGAAAGAGACGGGGGAUUUUCUGAACUUCAGUCUCGUCUUAUUCGUUAUGAAACCCAGACCACCUGCACCAGAGAGGGUUUUCCGGUGCCCACGGUGUUGAGCCCUCUUCCAUCACCUGCAGUCUUGUCAGAGCCUGGAAGCAUCCCUGACGGAGAAGCUCCACAAAGUGAGCUCCGAACUGAAGUGUCUCGAUUGAAAAGGAGAUCAAAAGAUCUAAAUUGCCUUUAUCCCCCCAAAAGACUUGUGAAGUCUGAAAGUUCAGAUUCUCUUCUUUCUCAGACAAGUGGCAGCACUAAUCCUCAUCAUCAUGCAGUGACGUCCAGAAAACCACGAGCAGAGCGAUCAUUAUCUGUGACCUGUCCAUCUGUUCCAGUUCUUAGCAAUGAAACUUCAAAAGUCACUACAAAAGCCAGUUCUGGUCAAAAAAGUGUGCAUGGAUCAAAAACAUCAAGGCAAAUUAAGGAAUCAAGAUCACAGAAACACACACGGAUACUGAAAGAAGUAGUUACGGAAACCCUGAAGAAACACAGCAUUACUGAAGCUCAUGGAUGUUUCACUGCAUGCAGCCAACGUCUCUUUGAGAUCUCCAAGUUCUAUCUGAAGGAUCUUAAAACUUCAAGGGGUUUAUUUGAAGAAAUGAAGAAAACAGCAAACAACAAUGCUGUACAGGUGAUUGAAUGGGUAUUAGAAAAGACAAGCAAGAAAUAACACAGAAUCUUUCUCUUUGGACAGUUAUAAAUUGGCCAGAGCUGUUAUUUCCUAUUUGUUUCUUUAGUUUGAAAAUUAUAAGCAAAUUUCAAACUUUAUUCAUAGAAUAGAUGUUUUGUCUCUAAAUAAUUUUAUAAAUAUCCAAUAUUUAUAUAGUUUUGAGGAUGCUCAA